CAAAUUACGUUAAGCCAUGCGCUGCUUCAAAUAGUAGCUGUCGGUGGCGCGUUGUUGUUCACAAUGGCGCGCGCUUCUUUGCUUGCUUGUCUUUUGUACUUCUUUGCUGGUUUUUCAGCUGAAGCAGUAAGGGAGACCUCGACUUCUUGUACUCGAAGUAGAAACCGGUCGCUGUUCGACUUUCGCACAAAAUAUCUGAACGGCACAGCAACCUUGCUACGCAAGUACGCUGGGAACGUCACCCUGGCGCUAAACGUAGCUACCUACUGAGGAUUCGCUGCGCAGUACCCUCACUUAAAUGCACUCAUGAAAGAACUUAACCAAAAAAACUACCGGUGUGGUUUGAAUAUUUUGGCUUUUCCUUGUAAUCAGUUCCUAAACCAAGAACCAGGAGCGAACGAGAAGGAGAUUAUGAACGGGUUGAAAUGGGUCCGGCCUGGCAAUGGAUUUGUUCCGAAUUUUCCACUUUUUCAGAAAAUCCGAGUCAACGGCGCAUGGGAAGACCCGAUCUACACCUAUUUAAAGUCGCUCUGUCCCCUUCCAGGAGGAGUAAUCAGUCGCUAUGUAGCUGUUUCAUGGACUCCGGUGAGAAGUGAGGACAUCUCUUGGAACUUCGAGAAGUUCUUGGUCGAUCAUAAUGGAUUUCCUGUGAAGCGUUACCUUCCCAGUACAAAGCCUUUUGACUUGUUGGGUGAUAUCCGAAAUCUUAUGCAACGUUGUUAAUUGGAUUUCGAUAGAAGAACGACUUUUUUCUUUUUGCCUCACUUUUAUUCUUUUCACUUCUUCUUAAGUAGUGUUCAUAACUGCGAAGAUCACUUUCAUAUUCACAUUAAUUUUAUUCUGUUACGAAGCUAUAUAUACCGUCACGCACGUGUGAGAAGUUACACCAGCACGUGUUUCCGGUGGCAUUUGAUUGGAUGGUUAAGAAGGGGAAGGGCCGUAAUCCCGUUUCACACAUCACUUCGAGGCGAAACUUCAAAUUUUCUUGUGUGCGAGCUUUCAGGGAAAACUUGACGUUUACUCGAAAUGAAAGAAGAAACUUCACGGGUCGCGUAUAUUUCAGGAUAUACCAGUUCAUAAAUUCACAAAUCACGUUGCCUUUCAAAUUAAAUUCACGUGUCACAUGUUGAUUUUGGUCUUAAUCACGUGUCACGUAUUAACCUUUUGACAUCUUCCAUUAUCGAACGGCGUCUCUACAUAUAAUUCUAUUUCUUUAAAUCCUUGUCAUAUUUAUUUAGCAUGAGCAGAUUUUCUGUUUUGAUUUUUCUGUAUAAUCAGGGGUGUCUGAUAGCGCGCAACUGUUUCCUUUUUUUUACGAUUGUUUUCUCUAAUUUUGUCUUGUUUUCUCUUCUUACUUUUUUAAUAAUAUAUCCCUUCCUUAGUCACA